AUGACUCCGAAACAGAAGAUAUGCGUCAUUGGCUCGUUGAACAUCGACUUUGUUACAUCAACACCCCGUAUACCUGGCCCUGGAGAAACCCUCACUGCAACGUCUAUGACAGUGCAUCCUGGUGGUAAGGGUGCAAACCAAGCUGUUGCAUGCGGGAAGGCUGCAUUCACCGCCCCAGGCUCCCGAGAUGUUGCUGUUGAAAUGAUCGGCGCGGUAGGAGCAGAUGACCCAUACUAUUCCUCUUUGCUGAAACCGACACUGGAGAAUAGUGGCGUCAGUACGACUAAUAUUAAGGAGGUAAAUGGUGACCAAACGGGUACCGCUACGAUACUGGUUGAUGAAGGAUCGAGCGGGGAAAACAGAAUUCUGGUCGUCCCGGGAGCCAACGCUACAGCCACGGAUGCCCAAGCGCUAUGCGCCACCGCUAUGAAGCACCAAGUACCGGACGUCGUGGUUAUGCAAGGGGAGAUACCUCGGAAGACCGUUUUAGAAUUGCUCGAGAUGUUUAACUCAAGCGACCUCCAGACUUGUGUGGUUUUCAACCCGGCGCCAAUGUUCCCUGAUGGCAUCACGCUCGAAGCACUGAAGAAUCUUGCCGUGCUGGUCGUCAAUGAGACGGAGUGCCGGCAACUCUUUGCCUCGAGCAAGAGGCUUGAUAGCGGCAAAGUCUCUGGCAACAAAGACGAGCCCAUGGACGUCGCCGAAUUGGAACGGCUGACGACGUCUCUGCAUGAAAAAGCCAAAAUCAGUAUCAUUCUCGUGACGCUUGGUGCUCGUGGUGUCUAUUUUUCACAUUCUACCAAGACAGCAGGUGGUAUCGACAGGGGACUGGUCUCAGCUUUGAAAGUGGAUCGAGUUGUGGACACAACAGCGGCCGGUGAUUCUUUCGUGGGAUAUUUUGCAACGGCGCUUGCACGACAUCUUGCGCAGGCAACGAGCCUAAACGAUUUCAAUGUCAAGCAGGCGGCCACGACCGCGAACCAGGCCGCAGCGAAGUGCGUACGGAAGAGUGGAGCAAUGGGGAGUAUACCAUUCGGCUACGAGUAG